GCUAGAGGAAUUUAUCAAUGAUAGUAUUGAUUUGCUAGAGUAAAGUUGUAAUAGUUAAACAAGUUGGUAAAAUGGGAAAUUUUCUGGUAAACGGAGGGAGUUUUGACUGCAGGGAGACUGUGUCUGCGUCUGGUCUGGUUCUGGUCAUUCUUGUCCAAGACAUGUAGAUGGAAGUUCCAUCUGAAGUUUGAUUAAAAAAAACGUGUUUUGCCUAUUUUUCAAUUAAAAAGGGCCCGACUGACGAAUAUGCAAUAGUGAUUAUCAUAAAAAACCGUUAAAUUGAAAAAGAGACCGAACGAGGAUUUAUACAGUGUAUAUAUCACAGUUGCGGGUUAUCGUUGAGAUAAAAUCGAUGUUAUGAAAGCCUUAGUGCUUCGUCUCUUGUUCUUGGUCGCCGCGUUUGUACACGGGCUGCUCUCGUUGCACGUACUUUCAGCCGUCCUCGGCCUCCCGAUCUCCGUCUUCAGGCCGUCUUCAGACUGAAAUGGGCGCCGGCUCCAAAUGCAAUUCCUGCGGCUCUUCGGAGCUCGAGGUCGACCCCAGCCGGGGCGACACAGUCUGCACCAACUGCGGCACAGUCUUAGAAGACUCGGUCAUAGUCUCGGAGGUGCAGUUCGAGGAGAAUUCGCACGGCAUCAGCUCGGCUAUAGGACAAUUCGUCAGUUCAGACUCGUCAGGCGGUUGCAGGGGGUUUGGAAACAAUUUUCAUUCUGGAGGUGUUCGCGAAUCGAGGGACAUCACACUUGAAAAUGCAAAACGCGGUAUAACCACAUUAUCGCAGAAUCUAAGGCUGAAUCAACACUGCAUCGACACAGCUUUCAAUUUCUACAAAAUGGCUCUUAGCCGGCAUUUAACGCGAGGGAGGAAACACACUCACAUUGUAGCAGCUUGUGUAUACAUAACUUGCAGAAUCGAAGGGACACCUCAUCUGCUCAUAGAUUUCAGUGACGUACUGCAGAUCUGUGCUUUCGAACUCGGUCGAACUUACCUCAAGCUUUCCCAGGCGCUGUGCAUCAAUGUUCCUGCUUUGGAUCCUUGCAUGUACGUGCUCCGGUUCGCGAACAAGCUCGAGUUCGGCGAGAAGACCCACGAAGUGACCAUGACCGCCCUUCGACUCGUCCAGAGGAUGAAAAGGGAUUCGAUGCACUACGGAAGAAGGCCAUCUGGAAUCUGCGGAGCAGCGUUACUGAUGGCUGCAAGGUUACACGAGUUUAACAGGACGGUCGGUGAUAUUGUAAAAGUGGUUCAAGUUCAUGAGACUACACUUAGAAAGAGGUUGGUUGAAUUCGGUGAAACGCCGUCCAGUUCCCUGACCCUCACGGAAUUCAUGACGGUGGAUCUUGAAGAAGAGCAGGACCCACCUUCAUACAAGGCUGCAAGGGCCAAAGACCGCGAAAGGCUCAAGGGCUUCGAGGACAAAGAAAGGCUGAAACAGUUCGCCCGGCUUCAGUCUGAAAUUGAAAAACACAUCAUUGAGAAAAAGAAACGCAAGUUAUCACUCGAAGAAACUACAAAUGAUGAGGAGGGGGACCUAAACAAUUUUAUUUCCCAGUCAACCCUGGAUAUCCUAGAAAAUAUAGAGGAGGAUGAAGACAUAGGAACUGACGCUUGUGACACAGUUGGUUUAGGUCCGAGUAUUGAGUCGAUGGGACUCGUUGAAAACCACGAAUCCCCUCUGGAUUUUAAUUACGAGUGUAUCGGAGGUGAGCUUGACACAGAGGGACUCGAUGAUUCAGAGCUUGACGCUUACAUCAUGACAGAAGGCGAGUCAGAAGGGAAAGGCGCCAUCUGGACGAAGAACAAUGCAGAUUACCUUAAGGCCAAGCAGGAGAAAGAGGAAAAACUAAGAAAAGAGCAAGAGGACGGGAAAGCUCCUGACAAAAAGAAAAGAAGAAUAAUGAAUAAAAAAAAGGCAUCAUUAAUACCGGCAAACUCCGCAGGAGAAGCAAUUGAAAAAAUGCUGCAGGAGAAAAAAAUAUCAACGAAAAUAAAUUAUGAUGUUCUCAAGAGUUUGAAGAUAAACUUGAAGCCUGAUGGCUUGUCUGGUAGCCUGGAAGGAAUGAAAGCUGAGGUGAUAUCUAAAGAGGAACUUUUGUCUUCGGUACGAGAGCAAUUGCCUCAAGAGGAGGAUCCCACUCAGAAAUCGAUCGAAAUUCCCUCAUCACCAAAGAUCGUGGAGAAAAGUAAAACGCCUGAUGUAGCAUCACCCCAAAGGUCACCGACUGAAAAACGUGUUCAGGAAAUGAACAAUGACAAGCCACCUGUUGACAAUCAAACCAUUAACCAUGACGAUGUGGAUUUGGAUGAUGAUGAAUUUGAAGCGGAAGAAGCGGGCGGAGGUGUUAUGUCAGUAGCACAAAUGCUGAGCCAGUAUAACGGAGAGGAAGACUGUGAUGGGAAUUAUUAUGAUUAUGAUGAUGAUGAUUAUUAGGAUGUAGUUUUGCAUUGUAAUUUUAUUUAAUUGGU